AUGCUGCGUCGAAUGGUAAGCUCGAGCGUCGGCCGGCGACCGCUGCCCGCACGCCGACCUGCGUCCGCGUCCCGACGCAAGACGGAGAAGCGUGACGCACUCGAGGUCGCACCCGAGGUGUCUGCGCCUGCUGAGCACUUACAAACGCCAACAGAGAUCCCCCAGCCACCAACGAUGGGCCAAGAACUCAAGUCGAGCUUUCUCUGGGGCAUUGGCAUGGCAUUCGGCUUCUCGAUGCUGGGUGUUGUCGCCCGUGUCUUCAUGGAGGCAGCGCCUAAGGACGAGCCCUUGCAUAUGAUGUAG